CCUCUCAGUACACACAUUCAUCAUCAUCAUCAUCAUCAUCAUCAUCAACAACAACAUUGCACAGGCGAAGGCAGCAGAAGGCACAUAAACACACUUAAACACUUAUCUAUAUACCGCAUUUAUCAACGCCGCCCGUCACUGCCGCCGCUGCUGACCCACCAAGCACCUCCCACCACCCAGCACCCCACAACCCACCAGCCCCCAAAACCCUGAUCCAUAACAUCAACUUUGUUUGCUAUUGUUGUCUGCUGCUGCUGUCAUUUGUUUUGUUUCCUUAAAUGUGAACGCACGCAGAAACUCUCCUACACACACAUAUACACAUACACAGGCAAACACCUACACAUACACGCGCGCCCACCCACAUACGCGUAAUAUACGAAGGAGCAAACAAAGACAGCUCGCAAAAAAGAAGCAACAAAAAAAAACAAAAUAAAUAAAUUAAGCUGCAUCAAAACGAGAGCGACCGCGAGAGCAAGACUCCAACUGAGAGCGAAUUCGAAAAGUGCAAUAAUACGCGCGAGUGGCAGAGAGUGUGAGCUCAACCAAUCAGCGAUCGAGGGGUGCAGCGGCAGCCGGGGGCGGGCAGAGGCAGAGGCCGUGCGUGAUAGAAAGAAACUCAAACUCUAUGGGUCAAAAGGCAAGCACACCAGCGACCAGCGGCCAGCAGAGCCCCCGCUCCAGAACAUUCUCAAGCAGCUCAACGGGUGCCACUGCCACCGAGACAACGGUGCAGAGCUCAGCGGUUGGCGGCCGGAGCGGCGAUGCCGGUCAGGGUUUCAAUUUGCUGCGCACAUUGCCCGGUCUCCAGGUCUAUCAUCAUCAUCACAAUCAGCCGAACUCCACGUCCAUAGAUCGACAGCGUGCACGCAGCCUCAGCUCAGUGCCCGACAUACAACAGCAGCAACAACAGCAGCAGCAGCAACAACAGCAGCAACAGCAACAGCAGCAGCAACAGCAACAACUACAGCAGGGAUCCAGCACUUACCCGAACACACAUCCCGCCGUCUCAGUCUCUGUGUCAGCUAAUUCAAAUAGCAAUAGCUUCCAGGCGGCAGCCGGCAACAACAACAGUUCCGCGACUGUCGCACAAAGCUAUAUGCAACAGCGACGCGCGUUUGGUGACUCAAUACGCGAUAUGUCGAUGACUGGCGCAAACAUCGUUGAGAGCAUCGCAUUGGCUGCAUCGGCAACAUCAGCGAAUGGCAUUGGCCGCGUUUAUACGGCAACAUCGCUUCCAUCGCACAUUUGGUCCUUCAAUGGUAUCAAAUGCCCUGUGUGCAAUAAGUUCGUGUUGCCAGACGAUAUUGAAUGCCAUUUAGUCAUGUGCCUAACCAAACCAAGACUCUCAUAUAACGAGGACACAUUGCAAGACGCCAAGGGUGAGUGCGUCAUUUGCCUUGAAGACUUGAAUCCAGGUGAUACAAUUGCUCGAUUGCCAUGUCUAUGCAUAUACCACAAAGGCUGCAUCGAUCGUUGGUUUGAGGUGAAUCGCUCCUGUCCUGAGCAUCCCGGAGAUUAGUAAAAAUCUCAUUAGGUUAGAAAGCAGAGGCCAACAUUGUAGAAAGAAAGAGGGAACUAGAGAUGGAGAGAGAACAUCAAUUGUUAACAGAAAAUGUAAAAUAAUGCAAAUGGAAAUCGAAACGGAAAUGGAUGUGCGAAGAGCAGAGGCUAAGAGAAACGAAAUUCGGAUCGAGCAAUCGAUCGUUAUGACCUACCGACCGACAGUUUAAGCAAACCCACAAACACUCACACACAUACACACGCA